AUGGCUGAGGCCAAGAAGGAGUUGUGCGUGAAGGAAACCUCGGAGAAUGGCAACGAUGAGAUCGCUAUUAAUGAUUGUGACUUUAAUGCGAAAUUUGUUGAUGGAAAAUGGACCGUUGAAUGGAAUUGGAAAGAUGGCGGUAAAACACCUAAGAUAAAUAACCAAGUACCUUCAUACUCAAUUUCAAAAGAGGCAAGGGAGGCGUUUGACGCUGAAGUGCAUGAUUGGAUAAGAGACGGUUGGCUCCAGCCUUAUGACGGGGAGUUUGAUGGCUUAAUUCCUUUAAUGGCGGUCGUGCAACAUAACAAGGACAAAGUGCGACCUGUAAUGGAUUACAGGGAAUUAAAUCAGUAUGUUUCAAGCCAUACAGCAGAAAGUGAGGUUUGUGGGGAAAAGCUAAGGAUGUGGAGAAAGCUAGGAGAACAUGUGAGCACUAUCGACCUUCGUAAGGCAUAUCUCCAAAUCCAUAUUGCUCCUCAUUUAUGGAAAUUCCAAGUGGUCCGAUUUAAGGAUAAGAAUUAUUGUCUAACACGACUCGGGUUUGGUCUAAAUGUCGCACCGAAAAUAAUGAGCAAAAUUGUUAAUAAAGUUCUGUCAAUGGACCCAAUAGUCCGAAGUGCUACGGACUCUUAUGUUGACGACAUAGUGGUGAAUGAGAACAUUGUUGGCGGUGAUGUAGUAAAGAAGUUGUUGGAAAAAUAUGGGCUGUCAGCGAAACCAGUGGAGCCACUUGAUGGAAGUAGGGUUUUGGGGCUUAACGUCUCAAAAAGAGAUGGCAAGUUGAUGUGGACCAGAGACAACAAGAUAAAAGCUUUGGAUAAAAUUGAGACCAAGAGGGAUGUGUACUCCUUGUGUGGGCAGUUAAUCGGACAUUUCCCGGUGGCUGGUUGGCUUCGACCAGCAUGCAGUUUUCUUAAGAGGCAAUUGACAGAUUUGAAAUGGGACGAUGUGGUGGGCAACCGAAUCAAGAUAAUGUUAGGAGAUAUAAUGGAAAGCGUAAAAGAAAAGGAUCCUGUGUUUGGAAAAUGGGCAGUGUCAUCUAGUGACAAAGGAACUGUGUGGUGUGAUGCUAGCAGCUUGGCGAUCGGUAUUUGCAUUGAAAUUGAUGGUGAAAUAGUUGAGGACGCGUCUUGGCUAAGGAAAGAAGAUGAUUCGGCGCAUAUUAACUUAGCUGAGUUAGAGGCUUUGUUGAAAGGAGUGAACUUAGCUUUGAAAUGGAAUUUGAAGGAGUUAUACUUGGUCACAGAUUCGGCCACCGUUUAUGCUUGGGUAACAUCCAUAUUAACAGGAGACCGACGUAUUAAAACACAUGGGAUGGGUGAAGCUCUUGUAAGAAGACGGUUGGGUUUGUUAAAAGACCUCAUAUCAGAAUGUGGCCUUAAGGUGAGGAUGGAUCUGGUUAAAUCGCAAUUUAACAAAGCAGAUCGCCUGACGAGAGUUCCUAAAAAGUGGUUGGCAAGAGAGGAGGAAAAGACCAGUAUUGCAAUGAUGGGUGAAGAAGAGGAGGAAAAGACCAGUAUUGCAAUGAUGGGUGAAGAAGAGGAUGAGGAUAAACAAAAGUUGGUCAAAAGAAUCCAUGGUCUGCAUCACUUUGGUGUUAAUCGAACUCUUUUCACAGUUAGGCGUUGUUACCCAGCCGUUGAGUUUAGUAAACAGGACGUUGACUGCGUAGUCAAAUCAUGCAAAGAAUGUUUAUCUGUUGAUCCAUCCCCCAUCAAAUGGAAGCCGGGGCACUUGGAUUGCGACAAGAAUUGGCACAGGCUUGCGAUUGAUGUGACUCAUUAUGGGUCAUAUAAAUUUCUUACAAUUAUAGAUUGUGGUCCAAGUCGGUUUUGCAUUUGGCGACGGAUCCCAAGUGAGACUAAAGAACAGGUAGUAAAAAUCUUACUUGAACUGUUUUCAGAACGAGGUCCACCCCAAGAACUAUUAAUGGACAAUAGUGCAACAUUCAGAUGUGAACAAAUUGAACAACUGUGUGAGGAAUGGGGGGUUAUCCGUCGUUUUAGGUGUGUGAACCGUCCGUCCGGCAAUGGAAUCGUUGAACGAAACCAUAGAACGAUAAAGAGAAUGGCAACAAGAACCAGAAGAAGUGUUCAAGAAAUGGUAUAUUGGUAUAAUCUAACACCAAAAGAAGAUUUGAAUGAAGAGUCGACACCAAGCUCUAGAUUGUUCUGCUACAGGUGGAGGUGUAAGGGCGAACCUGUAAAUUGUGACGAGCAACUAAGAACUGAGUUUUCACCUGAUGAACCUGUGUUUGUCAAGCCUAAAAAUUCCUUAUGUACUACGAGAUGGAAGCCUGGUGUGGUCUCACGGCAGCUCUCACAAACCAGCGUAGAGGUUGAUGGUAUGCCACACCAUAUUGCUGAUGUUCGUCGUGCUGGUGUUGACACCACGGGGGCGUGUGCUUGUGAUAUAAAUUAG